AAAAUGUUAAUUAUUAUUUAUUUUCCCUUAUUCCUUUUCAACUUAAUUAAUUCAAUUAUUUCCUCCCCAACACCAAUAGUUCUAAAUAACCAACCAGAAUCUCAUCAUCCUCAACAUCAUCAACCCCUUCCAACAAUUAAUUUAUUUGAAGAAGAAUCUCAACAACAAAAACAAAAAAUAUUUUGGAAAGCAAUUGAAAGAAAUUUAGAAAAUACUCCAGAUAUUAUUCUUUUAAAAGACGAAUUUUGUAAAAAAUCUUGUAAUGAAAUUAUUGGAAGAGGGGCAGAGAAAAUACAAAAUGUCCAUUGUGUUUGUCGUUGCCCUAUAACUGAACCUAUUUUUGUUAAUACUAGAGAAGAGGGGAAAUGUGUAUCGAAAAUUAAUGAUUGUUUUGGUCAUCCUCUCAAAUUUGAACAAAUUAUCAAUGCAACAACAAACGAGUUAUCACUACAAAUAGAGAAACAUUAUUCCCCAACACUUAGUUUAUCCAAAAAAGGAGAACCUUUAGAUUUUAAUUUAAACAUUGAUUGGAGAGAAAAUGGAAUUAAAAUGCGUUCUCGUGGAGGCCCAAAAUGUUUAAUUAAAAAUAUUUUUAUUCUUGGAAAUAAUUCUGAAUGGAAAGAAGAAACAAAAAAAGAAUUAUUUAAAUUGGCAGAAAGGGGAGAAGAAGGGAAUUUUAAUGGAAAUUUAUUGUGGAUGGGAACUGAUCAAGAAAUUCAAGAAUUAUCAGGAGGAAUUGUUCGUUUAGAGUUAGAAUGUGCUACAAAAAAUAAUGGUGGAGGAAAUGCUAGUUUUUGUUUGGCUUUUAGAAUUGAAGGGCAAAUUGAAUUUAAAGAAAAUGAAAAAACGGAAAUUAUUAGUAAUGGAAAUGUUGGAAUGGAAGUGGAGAAGGGGAGAAGAGUUGAGGUAGUUGUAAUUAUCCUUUUGGGUAUUUUUCUCUUUCUUUCUUUAUUUGGCUCUAUACUUUUGUGGAAUGUUUGUUGGCGUGUUCAGAAACGUAAAUUGGUAAAUUUUGAAUUUUUAAUUUAUAAAAAUAAUUAUUUUGCAUUAUUUUCUUCUAAAAUUUAA